AUGGUAAAUCGAGUCGUGAACGAUGGUCAUCAGUUGGCUCUAAGCAUGAGGAGCUAUGCAUCGAACCCCACACCUUGCAGCAGUGGUGGCAGAUACACAUCCGUAGCAGAGGCUGCUGCACAACAGAACACUGCAGCAGUCAUUGACAUGCUGUCGCAAGGAUACGAGGCAGAUGGUCAGGACUCCGACGGCAACACAGCUCUCCACUAUACUGUGUUGUUCAGACUGGACUCACUACUGGACCCAUUGCUGGAAAGAGGAGCGCGACCAAACGUUGGCAACAAUUCCGGAGAAUGCGCGGUACAUUGGGCGGCGAACUCUGGUAACGUCAGGGCCUUGGACAAGAUGACGAAAACCAAUCGAGCCCUGCUCUCGAUGCGUGACUGUGACGGCUUCACGGCCUUCAUCGUGGCCGCACAGAUGGACAACUAUCUCGUUAUGGAGUGGUUGUACCUCAAAGGCAUCAGCCUGGAGGAGCAGGAUGACUGUGGAAGAACUGCCCUGCAGUGGGCAUGCUACAAAGGGAACAAGAAGACAGUGCACUGGUUGCUGUCACGAUCUGCCAGCAUUGCUCACCGAGACCGAGAAGGCAUGACUGCACUUCACUGGGCAGUACUGCAAGGACACACGCAGGUCGUCGAAAUGCUCAUGGAAGUCGGGGCGGUGGGCCUCAUAGACGUCCCAGAUUGCACCGGCGAAACCCCGAUCGCACUCGCAACGAGGAAAAAGAACAGGUGCUUGGUGGUUGCCUUCCACAAGUGCCAGAUCUUUGAUUUCCUGUUCGGCAGGCCACAUGUUUUCCAGAAUCUCAUGCCAAGUGCCUUCCUGUUUUUCGUUGCCUACCACAUCAUCAUCUUCGCCCUUAUCAUAGCACCAGGAAUCGCGGCCAUAACUCCUGAAGCCGUUACGCACUGGUCGAUGCUGAUGGGUUUGUCGCUGCUGCUCUGGGUGCAGUGCCUCUUCUCGGAUCCGGGUUGGCUCCAACCACGCACCAUCCCCUCACAGAGCCAUCUGCUUGGUAGGGAUCCAGCGCGGACGUUUGACGUUGAUCAGCCGAUCGAGUCGCAGAUGGCUCACUGCGACAGCCUACUUCAGAAGCUAAGCUUGGCUGGUGACGGAGAUGGAGAGGCCGUGGAGCUUAGGAAGUUGGAGCUGGAGCAGGGCCCAGCUGGAGCGGGCAACAGCGACUCGACACGGGCUACAGGAGACAGCUUGCGCCGAGCUCGGGUGGAACACCUCCUGGCGGAAGGUUGCGGCGAGUAUCUCACAUUGGUGGAGAACGGAGACUUCAAGCAGGUCUGCGUAUUCUGCCGCAUAGUACGCAGCAUGCGCUCGCAUCAUUGCAAAGAGCAAGGUCGGUGCGUCGAGAGGAUGGACCACUACUGUCCCUGGAUAGACAACAGUGUGGGUUUGGGCAAUCAGCGGUCAUUCCUGUUGUUCAUCGUGGUGCUUCUUGCCACCAUCUUCUACUUCUACUACACGGUCUUCCUCUACGCUUUUGACAGGGUGUUUCCCGACAUUUCCCGAGGCUCCUUCAGUGAGCUUCUAGAAGCCUUGACAAAUGGAUCCCUUGGGCCCGAGUUGCAACCGAUUCUGGUUCUGACAACAGCGGCGUUGGACCUCUUCUUUGUGCUCUUCGUAGGUUCGCUCGUAGCCAGAACCACGGCUUUCAUGAUGGUCAACUUGACGACAUUCGAAUUCUCGCGCAGACCCAGCCACGUGCUCCAACGCUUUCGCAAGGCCAGGGGGCAAACCCUAAACCCUAAACCCUACAAACCUUAA